GAAUAUAACAAAAAGACUCUUUUUCUUCAAUCUCCUAUCUCUGUUCUCUCUACCAAGGUUUCUCUCUCGCAGUUUUAUUUUCCUUUUUUUUUUGUGUAAAAAAACCUUUUGUGCAGAGGAGCGUCACUCUUUGUCUCUCUUGUUCUUUAAGUUUCUUCCACUUUUUCCAAAAGUUCAUCUUUAUCUUUGUCUCUUUCCCUUUUUCUUCUUUUUUUUUUUGCCUUGAAAUGCUUUACCCAUCUCUCUUGACAUAAUAAACACACAAAGCCAAAGAUAAAGAGAUAAAAGAAAUGGAAACGGAGAAGAUCAAAUUCACAGAGCACUUAACCAACACCACUAGAAUCGUACCGGGUUUCUCAAACCAGCAACCAAAGAUUCUCCGUAUCUCAGUCACCGACCCAGACGCAACAGACUCCUCCAGCGACGAAGAACACCAACAACAACAACACCAACGCUUCACUAAACGCCGCCGUAUCAAGAAAUUCGUAAACGAACUAAUUCUCGACUCUUGUUCCACUACUCAAAUCGAACCGAAAAAGAGAAGGAAGAGACCGGUUAACUCCAAACCGGAACCUCCUUCUCCUCCGGUUCCAACCGCCACGUCGAAAAAAUACCGAGGCGUUAGACAACGUCCCUGGGGAAAAUGGGCGGCGGAGAUUAGAGAUCCUCUCCGCCGCGUACGCCUCUGGCUCGGAACUUUCAACACGGCGGAGGAAGCCGCCUUGGUCUACGACAGCGCCGCCGUUCAACUCCGCGGUCCCGACGCCCUCACCAACUUCCCCGCUCCUCCUCCGCCGCCGUCUUCAACGAACGACGAAUCUCCGCCGCCGUCUCCAGACAAGAACAGCGACUGUCUCCGAUCUCCAGUGUCUGUUCUCCGAUCUCCGUUCACCGUCGAGGAAUUCUCCGGCGGCGCUUCGUCGACCGCGGAAGUUAACGUCAAGGAAGAGCCGUUGGAUGCUUUCUCCGAUUUCUCGGCGCCGUUGUUCGCCGGCGAUGAUCUGUUCGAUUUCCGGAGCUCGGUGGUGCCCGAUUUUCUCGCCGGGGAUUUAUUUGGAGAAGAUCUUUUCGUAGAUACGUGGACGGGUAUGAACUUUGGAUUCGAUUUCGGAUCCGGAUUAUCCAGCUGGCACGUGGAAGACCGGUUUCAAGAUAUUGGGGAUUUAUUCGGGUCGGAUUCUCCUUUAGCUGUUUAAUAGUAUAUUUUUAUAAAUAAAAUAGUUAACCGGACGUUUACUUAACGGACGGCGAAGUUUUGUACCGGUGAGAUAUAUCUCCGUGAUGUUAGUUUUUAUCUUCUUUUUUUUUGGUGUUUAUAUAAAUGGAAUUG